AUGUCGAGUCAGGUGCCACUGUUGGCCUCCAAGCGCCUCAAACGCGACUACAAGGACCUGAUCCAAGAGCCGGUGCCCUUCGUGUCGGCCCACCCGUUGGACAGCAAUAUACUUGAGUGGCAUUUCGUGCUGAGAGGGCCGCCGGACAGUCCCUUCACGGACGGCAUAUACCACGGGUGCGCGAAGUUCCCCAAAGAGUUCCCAUACAAACCGCCGUCCCUUCGCAUGUUCACCCCGUCCGGCCGUUUUGUGCCCAACGAGCGGAUCUGUAUGUCGAUGAGCGAGUUUCACCCGGAAAGCUGGUCACCCCUGUGGACGGUGGGCUCCGUACUGAACGGGUUGUUGAGUUUCAUGUUGUCGGCCGACCGCGCGAUGGGCACCUGUGUGUCAAGCGAUGCCGAGAAACGAGAUUUCGCUCAAAAGUCGUGGAAAUUUAAUCUCAAAAACAAGAUCUUCUGUAAACUCUUCCCAGAGUUGGCCGCAGAGGCGAUGAGUAAGCCGUAA